CUUAGCGGGCUUGCGGCGCUGAGGAGUGUCCAGGUGGUGGCGGAAGGAGGAUCGAUGGCUGCGAACAGUUGACCGUUGCGGGAGCGGUGGAUGGUGGGUUAGGGUUCGGAGAAUGUGCGAUCGGGCGUCGAUCUUGGGAGUUGGACGAAUGAGGGAGCGGUCGGCUGCUCAACCUCCUGCUCCUCGUUUCUUUCUUUGCCACCGCCUAGACCACCGACCGCAUCCCUAUAAACACCGUCUGCUCACAGCCGACUCCUCCACUCCUACAUCUCGCCCACCAUGAUCAGCUUCUCCAACGUCUCGCCAGAUAUCGCACAGGCCAUGUGCACCCCAAUGCACCUCAUUCUCCCCGCUGGAUCGUCCUCGCCGUCGUCUCCAACAACACGCAGCUCUUCGAGACCUGCACUUUCUUCAUCUCAAUCACAAUCAUAUAUUCAACCACCAGGCUACGGAGCACUAUGGCUCGGUUCUGUCUCUGCCGUUCUCGACUCGUCGCAUCUACGGGAAGCCAACAUUCGCCACCUUGUGCAGGUGCUUGACGUACCAUGGCUCCCUCCGUUGGAAAAGGAGGGAUACGAAACUUACCGCAUGGACAUUCUCGACCUGGAGAGCGAGAACCUCCGCCCUCACCUCGAGGAUGUCGUCGAGGACAUCGACAAGGCUUUGCGUAGGGGCAAGAACGUGCUCGUUCAUUGUCAGCAGGGUGUUUCCCGCUCCGCCGCGAUCGUUAUCGCCUUUCUCAUCCGGAAACAUAACAUGUCUUACGAGUCCGCCUCGGCCUUCGUCAAGCAACGUCGACCGUGCAUUAAGCCCAACGCAGGCUUCGUCCGAUGUCUCAAAGAAUGGGAAGAUCGAUGGCGACCCGCACCGUCUCGCCAACCCUCCUCUUCCGCCACUUCUCCCUCUUCUCCUUCUAGCCCUACCCACCGUCCGGGCCUACAACAGCUCCACACUGCGCACCCAAUAGCGCACCAACCGAUGACGAUGCACCAGCCUUUGCAGCUGUCCCCGGGUCCGCACCCUUCACAGCCGCCGGUCGCGAUGAAGUUGAAGUUGCCAAUGGCCAGAGUGAGGAGCGCUGCACCCGUGCGCGACGGAAGGACGGACAUGGUGGCGAGGAAGCCGAGUUUGGGAGUAAGACCGGAGAUGGCGAGGUCGCAGAGUCACCAGGCCGUUACGAGUCCCAGCCGGGCGAUGUGAGGCUACCGUAUCAUCCACACCUUCGUAUCGCACGUCCAACCAGUUUGCUGCCUAUCUCAUUUGUCGUUUGUGAUCAUGGACACCUAUCUCUCCGUCUCUCGGCUUGCGACAUGCAUGGGGGUGGUGUAUUCUCGGCGAAUUCGUCUCUUGGUCUCUGUUCUCCCUUCCUUCAGGGUUGAUGGUCGCUUGUAUCUUUGGUCUUCCUCCUCGUUUCUUCGACUGCGUUGACCGUGUUCUUAGGGCUUUAUGGUUUCUCCCCCGUCUUCGUCUCGUCCGCGAACGUUUACAGGGCCUAUUUACGGGACUUUGGGGUAACUGUACUUAGACGUUGGGUCUAUCGGCGUACAUACAUACAAAAUACAUACAUUCCAUACACAUAUACAUAAGUACACGUAUUGCCACACUUAUUAUUGCAUCUCAUCUGCAUAUCACACACAUUAUUGUAUAACCUCACGAAAACAGCUUUGUAUCACUGGGUCUCUCCUAUUUCUCCCUCUCUGUCUCUUUGUCGG